AUGAGCGAGAAAUGUCUUGAAAAAAAAGAAAUAAAAUUGAGGAUGGAAGAGGCGGUGAAUGAAAGAAGAGAGGGACGAAAGAAGAGUGUGUGCGAAAUGGGCGAGAGGAACGACAAACGACGACAAACUUUUGGUGGCAGAGUUACCGAACACGUUAUUGAAAAAAGUACCGAGGUUUAUAGAAAUAGACAUGCGUUAUGCUGGUUGCAGCUCAAGAUUUUCCUUGGUGGUAACGGAUUGGUCGGAGAAAUUUGA